CCGACUUCCCCGAGUUGAACGCACGGUUGUCCGGUACAGUUCACCCGGGCUAACCGUCCUUGAGUGUAAACGAAUGUGCUGCUUUGCUCCACAUGCUAAUUGAUAGUAAGGGUAGCUAGCUAACUGUGCUAACAAACAUGUCGGGUGUUAAAAUACCACUGCUCAUAAAUACCGUUACAGCCACCACACACUGUCACGCGUCAGGAUCAUUGUAAGGACCAUGAUUUCCCACAUGUUUCUGCGUUCAAACCCAGUGUUACGGAAAACCCGUCUGGCUGUGUGGAGAUCGUGGAGGUCAUGGAAAUUAAGCCUACACUCUUCUACAGUUGCUGCAUCAUCUGGUCCUGGUCACAUUGACAGAUCUGAAGAACUGUCUUCUCCUUCCUCUGAAAAGCCCCCUCACAUGCCUGUUAUGCUCAAAGAGGUGCUUCAUUACUUAGACAUUCAACCUGGUCAGGUGGUCCUUGACAUGACAUUUGGAGGUGGCGGUCAUACCAAAGCGAUUCUGAACACGGUUCCUGAAGUCACAGUCCUGGCCUUAGACCGAGAUCCUACAGCAAAUUCUCUGGCCCAGCAGUUGGCCACGGAACACUCUGGUCGUGUGAAACCAUUGCUUGGCCGAUUCAGUGAGCUUGAGGUCCUGCUGUCAAAUACGAACAUUCAGCCAGGCACCAUUGAUGCUGUCCUGUUGGAUGCUGGCUGCUCCUCCAUGCAAAUGGACCAGGCAGAGAGAGGCUUCUCCCUCAGCAAAGAUGGGCCCUUGGAUAUGAGGAUGGAUGGAGAGAGGUACCUCGACAUGCCCUGCGCUGCUGACGUUGUGAAUACCUUAGAUCAACAGGCUCUUGCAUCCAUCCUCACUGCAUAUGGGGAAGAAAAACGCGCCUGGAAAAUAGCUUCAGCCAUGGUGAAGGCACGCCGUGUCCACCCCAUCACCAGGACACAGCAGCUGGCCAGCGUGGUGGCAGGAUCGUUUCCUCCCGCUGUUAUCUAUGCUCGCAAAGACCGACUCCACCGACCUGCACAUGUGGCCACGAAAACCUUCCAAGCUUUGCGAAUAUUUGUGAACGACGAGCUGAACGAACUCCACGCAGGCCUGCGUGCUGCCCAGGCAGUCCUGAGACCUGGAGGACGUUUCUGUAUAAUCACCUUUCACUCACUAGAAGACCGACUGGUCAAACGUUUCCUCCAGGGAGAUGAUUUGUCUAAUCUAGAUCAGUAUCACUUCAGCCCGAGGAAACAAGCUACAAGGACGGCAAAAUUGGGGGAUGAAAAAAGAGAUGGUGGAAGUGUUCACUGGCUUCCUCUGCGGAGAAAAGUGAUCACCCCAGAAAAGGAUGAUGUGGAUGAAAAUCCUCGAGGACGCUCGGCUAAACUCAGGGCAGCGCUCAGACGGUGAUUACCUGACGUCUCUCUCGUUUCAGCUAAAUGUUUGAGCAGAGUUACUCUUUACUGUUAAUAAUUAAGGCAAGUACACCAAAGAGUGUCAUGUAGUAACAUAGUAAUUCUGCACUGCAUUUUGCCUGCUUUUUUUUAUAAUCUUCUCUCUAAUGCAAAAAAAAAUGGUUGAUUUAAUCCUGGGAGAGGCAGAAGUAGCUUGGCUGUUCGUUCCAAUGAACAAACCAGGUGGGUUUUGUUUGUGGGAAGCCAGUGAAUGUUGUCGCCCUUGACGCUGCAUUAGUGACUUCUUCUGGUUGGUUGGGGCACUGAUGGGGGGAGGACUAUCUAUAAAGGAAAGAAUGAAUCUCCCACACAAUAUGGCCAUCAGCAGCAGCUCAGAGUUUUGAAGAAAUUCCCUCAAGGCGUUUUGUCAAGUAUCGUGUUCACAUCAUUUGGACCGAUGGACAGGCAACCCAAAUGCAUAAUGUCUCUGGCUGCUGGUUGACGCCAGUGCGGAGGCUUUUAAAGUUUGCACAAUUUAAAUGAGCAUAACCAUUAAGAAACAGUUAUAAACAAACAACAAGCAGAUUGUGUUAACAGUUAAAUAUAAGUUAGGGUUGGGGUUAGGGCAACCGCAGGAUAGCAGUCUGACCUCCAGAGUGUGGUAGCCCAAACUGUGAUCACAAAAGUAUAUGAAAGUUGGUUUAUGUUUGAGACAUUUAUAUGAAAAUAUAAAAAUAAAAAAAUGUAAUACCCAAAUUAAAUUGUUUUUGUAUUUGCUGCCUUUGUUAUUAGCCUUUUAUAUGAAUAAAAGCAUAAAAUAACAAAUGUAUCUUACGAUUCUGUUCAUGUAUCAAAGCUGUUCUCCGCUAUCACAUCUAGAACUGUAAUGAUCCCCCACAAUACCUUGCAACAAAUAAUACUCACUGCACAAUUGUUUAAAAUUGCUGUAACUAUUAUUAUUAUUAUUACAAUUAUUAUUAGUAUUAUUAUAAUUUGUAUUAUUGUUUGUUGCUUAAAUAUCUUACAUUUUUCGUUUCAAUCAAUGGCUGUCUGCUUGAUUUCUGUGUGUUCUUUUGUUUUGUUUGUUUUCUGUUUUUAUGUAUAAUUUGUAUUGCUACACAUCCAAUCUGCUUAGGUUACCUGAUUCAGUAUAUAUUUGGUCUGCUCUUUCUACAUUGUAUCUCUGUAUUGUGUUUUUAAGAUCAGGACCCUAUAGACUAGAUGCACAACCAUGUGCUCCUAACGGGGAUCCUUAAAUAAACUAAACCAAACUGUGAA